GCUAAGAAAUAAGGAGCAGUGGGAAAAACCAGAGAGAUCACAUUCAUACCCAAAAUGGAUUUUCUGCUCAAUACCACCGUUGCAAUAAAUGAAAUUAACAUGAAUUGCUCAUCGACCCACUACCAAGGUUAUUAUUACCUCGGACCUUUGAUCCUGUCUGUUGUCAUGAUCAUUGAGAUGAUUGUGGGCCUGCCAGCAAACAUAGUAGCCUUGUGGAUUUUCUGUUUCCGCAUGAAAUGUUGGAAACCACAUACUCUCUUCCUCUUUAACCUGGUUCUAGCGGACUUUCUGCUUCUCAUCAGCGUGCCCUUCCGCAUCAACAACUACCUCAGAGGGGGCUACUGGGUGUUUGGACAGGUCUGGUGUCGCAUCAACCUCUUCAUGCUGGCUGUCAAUCGCUCUGCCAGUAUUGCAUUCAUGACAGCUGUGGCACUGAAUCGCUACUUUAAAGUGGUCCAUCCGCAUCACUACAUUAGCCAUAUGACUUUGACUCAGGCGGGUUGGCUCACAGGCCUGAUGUGGACUGUUGUGAUCACCCUUCGGAUUCCCCUGGUGGCCUACAACCUUCUCCAACAGCAAGGCAACGUCUCCCUGUGUCGUAGCUUCAACUCCUACAAUGUAACCCCUUCGGUGAUAAAGGUACACUACGUGGCCUUCACUGCAGAGUUCUUCCUGCCCUGGUUCUUGUUGCUAUUCUGCUCAGCAAAGAUUGCCUUCCACCUGCAUCAAAGGCGGAUGGACAGGCAGAAGAGUGUACGGAGGGCCAUGCGGGCAGUAUGGGUGAUUAGUUUGGUGUUCACCGUCUGCUUUAUGCCAAGUAUCCUCACAGGCUUGGGUGGGGUGUACAUCAAGUAUUUCCACCCCAGGGACUACACGUCUUACAGUCGGAUCACCCAGCUCUUUGAGAUGUGCGUCGGCUUCACCUACCUCAACAGUGCUUUGGACCCUGUCAUCUACACUUUCUCUAGUUCCAUGUUUCGUGAUGCCCUCAAAAGCUCACUCAGACACCUAAGCUUUGUGAAUAAGAAUGUCAGAUCAGCCAACAACCAUUAACAAAAAUAAUAAAAUAUCACAUCAAUUUAUAAUGGAUAAACUACUCCAGAACUAGGUCGUAGGUUCAACCGCCAUUGUUGAAGAGGCUUGAGGGUUAGGGUUAGGAUGCUGAACCACUCUGUAGGCAACCCAGAAGCAAAAUGGAGGCCAGGACAUCCCUACCAUUAUAAGGCGGUGCAACACCCAAGCCGUUUUGGACACCACCUAAGCCGAACAAAUGUAAAUUCAAUGUGAGCAUUUAAAUGACUUUCCUCGGAUCUAAUGAUUAUAGUUGGUCCCCGAGGACUUCUCUAGAAAGGUUUGUCUUUAAGAUUUUUGAGUGUUUUUAUUUUAUUUUUUAUUAUCUCCUCUAGCUUUUCCAAUGUUUUAGACACAGAUAUGAUAAUUAUAUUUGUCCAUGAUGUGGAAUUGCAUUUAUUUUAUUGAAUAAUGUUACACUUUCUUGAGGGAGGGCCCUAAGCCCUCCGCCAAAUAUGUGCACCUAAGUCUUCCACAAACAUAGGGAAACCACAGGCACGGCUUAAAUAUUUAAACUGCAGUAUAUGUAUUUAUAUUUUAGAUUGAUGACAGAUAUGCUGCAGGGAAGUGUGCUGAUAGGUACAGUUCUGUGUUUGCAAGUAUUGUCAGUCACUGCAUUUUUAGAGGAAGCUUUGCUGCUACUUCCAUAACAUCAGAAUAUAAUGUGACCAGUGGAGUUUGUGCAAAUGUUCAAUAUUUAUAUUAAAACUGUAUUGUAUGGAUAUCAAUGUCAAUAUAAGCAAUAAAAUGUUUGUUAAAUUGUU